AUGGAUGCGCGAACGCGUGUGCGUAUUUGUAGUGGACAAGUUAUAAUCAGUUUAGCAUCUGCUGUCAAAGAAUUAAUUGAAAAUAGUCUCGAUGCUGAUGCAACAAAGAUACAAAUCACAUUCGAGAAUCACGGAAGUGAUUUAAUAGAAGUUACCGAUAAUGGUCAAGGAGUCGAAGAAACGAAUUUCGGUGUACUAGUUCAACGUUAUCAUACGUCAAAAAUACAAGAUCUCGAUGAUUUGUUACGUUUAUCAACAUAUGGUUUUCGAGGUGAAGCAUUAAAUUCAAUUUGUACAUUAUCUCAAUUAACUGUUUUAACACGUCAUAAAAGUGCAGCGUGUGGUACAAAAUUAACAUUUGAUAAAGAUGGAAAAAUAUUACAAAAAAUACCAUGUGCUAGAGAAGUUGGCACAACGAUGUCAGUUCGUUCAUUAUUUUCCACUUAUCCAGUUCGUCGUAAAGAGUUUUUGUCGAAUGUAAAACGAGAAUAUUCAAAAGUGUUACAUCUAAUACAAUCUUACGCUCUGAUAUGUAAAAAUGUUCAAAUAUCUUGUACGAAUAAAUCAACUGAACAUAAUAAUACAAGUUCAACAAUUCAGUUAACGACAACACCACAUGCGACAAUUAAGGAAAAUAUUAUUGAUUUGCAUGGAACGAAAUUUAUUGAUCAUUUAAUUGAAAUUAAACCUGAACAACAAGAUACGAGUAAUAAUGACGUUGAUGACGAAGAUGGUGGUAAAGAAAAUCAAGAUGAAUUAAUCUCAAAGUUUAAGUUAGAAGGUUUUAUUUCCAUUGCUCAACACGGUAAUGGUCGUUCAGCAUCGGAUCGUCAAUAUUUGUAUAUAAACUCACGCCCAUGUGAUAAUGCACGUUUAAUUAAAAUAAUUAAUGAAAUUUAUCGUUCAUUUAACCCACAACAGUAUCCGAUUUUAAUUUUAAAUAUUCUUAUUGAUAAAUCAUCAAUUGAUAUUAAUGUCACGCCAGAUAAACGAAAAAUUUUUAUUCACGAAGAAGAUAAACUAGUUUUAUAUUUAAGAUCAAAAUUAAAUAAAUUAUUCGAAACAAAUAAUGGAGUUUAUAUUCGAUUCAAUUCUUUACUACUACCCUCAACGUCAACAGCAAAACCAAAUGAAUUAAAAGAAAGAAUUAUUGAAAAUAUGAAACGAAAUUAUUCAAAAACAACAACGGCAAUAGAGAAUGAUACACCAAAAGCUAAACAGAUGAAAUUAGACCAUUUUAUUAAACAACAAGAUACAACGUUAAAUACAGAUGCACAACAACAGCGCAUCUCAGUGUCAGAUGAAACAUUGGUGAAUGCGGACGAUAUUCUUCUCAGCGAGGAUGAAUCUACGCAAACUUCAAAUUCUUCUACUACACCUGUUAAUCAGACCAUUGUUGAGGCUGUAGCUUCACGAAUAUUACCAGCUGUCGGCGUAUUUACAACGAUUGGUAGUCCAAAUGAAGAAAAUGAAAAAAAGAGUUCAUUAUGUACACAAGAUCGUCAAUUCUAUACAUUUGAACAAUAUCCAAUUAAAAAUCAUUCGUCUAAUCAACCAACUACAAUGGCAACAACUGUUGAAACGUAUCAUGAUAAAAUAUUAACAAGUCCAUCAAAACAAGAAUUAUUCUAUCGAUUAAAACAAUUGAGGCAACAAGAUACUGAAACAGAUGAUCUCGCAAAAACUGAUCAUGAUCUACAAACAUAUUCACAACAAACAAAAACCGAUGUUAAUCUACAAACAUAUCCGCAGCAAACAAAAACUGAUCUUGAUUCAACAAUUACUACUACGCCAAAAAUUACUACAGAUGAUCAAACGGAACCGACGGUUCGUUCGUACAAAACGGUUGAAAUGACAGUUAAAUUUGAUUUUGAAAAGUUGAAAAGAAGGUGGGAAAUGAAACAAAAUAAAAAGAACAAUGCACAACCGGCACCCUCAAAUUUUGAGGCGAAAAUAUCAGUAGAAGAUAAUCAAGCGGCUGAAAUUGAAUUACAACGACAAAUAGAUAAAACUGAUUUUAAAAUUAUGAACAUUAUUGGUCAGUUUAAUCUCGGUUUUAUAAUUACUUGUCUUGAUCGAAAAAAUUUGUUUAUAAUUGAUCAACAUGCCGCAGAUGAAAUAUAUAAUUUUCACAUGUUGCAAGAGACAACACAAUUUGAAUAUCAAAAACUAUUACUGCCAAAAUAUUUAUCAUUAGAUUAUUCACAAGAAUUAAUUCUGAAACAACAUUUAAAUGUUUUCAAAAAACUUGGUUUUGAUAUUAGUAUCGAUGAACAAGCACCAAUCGGAAAACGUUGUCAAAUGUCAACAUGUCCAACAGCAAAAUCAAUGUUUUUUGGUCCCGAUGAUGUAGAUGAAAUUUUAAAUUAUUUAACAGAUAGCUGUGGAUCCGGUAAUGUUGAUGAAGAAAACUCAUCAAUUGAUCAAUAUUAUGUGUCAUCAAAAUUACGAAAAUUAUAUGCAUCAAAAGCAUGUCGAAAAUCAGUCAUGAUUGGCUCAGCACUGAGCUACAAUAAAAUGAGAAUAAUUACUGAUCAUUUGAGUACAAUACAAAAGCCUUGGAAUUGUCCUCAUGGCCGUCCAACAAUACGUCAUCUAUUCAAUUUUGACCAAAUAGAGUCCACAUUCAUUGAUGGCUAUGUUGUACAGAAAUCGAAACUUGAUAAUAAAAAUUAA